GAGAUGCGGGAGUCCCGCGAGCGGAGGCGCUAGGAGUCGGACCUUCGCGCUCGCGGGGAGCGGGGCUGAUGGCUGCCCGGGGGCUGCUGCUCCUGCUGCUUCUCCUGGGGACCCAGGCGGCGCCCCCGCAGACAUUGAUUAUCUCACCUCAGUCCUGUAAUGUGCUAGAGAACUGGCUCUAUGAUGAAACUUCACAACGCUGCUGCUACCAGUGUCCCUCAGGCUACCAUAAACGGAAAGAGUGUCCCACGGAUCCAGACCGGGACUGCGGGCAGUGUGAACCCGAGCACUUCCUGAACAGGGAGCAAGGGAAGCCACGCUGCGAGGCCUGCGUGUCGUGCAAGCCAGAAUAUGACCUUGUGGAGAAAGUCCCUUGCUCCUUCAAUUCCAGAAGGGUGUGUGAGUGCCGAGCAGGGCUGUUUUGUAAGGUUGCCGUUCUGAACAGCUGUGCGCGAUGCAUUUCCCACGCUGUCUGCAAGCCAGGAUUUGGAGUCCUAGUCAGAGGCACCUCAGAAGUUGAUGUCUCCUGCCAAGAAUGCCCUUUGGGGACCUUCUCUGAGCGGCACUCCAGCACCGAACGCUGCAAGCCCCACACGGACUGUGCCAAGCUAAACAAAGUAGCUGUGGACAGCGGAAAUUCCACACACGACCAAGUCUGCAUGGACCCACCUCCCACCCACCUCACACCUGCCACUUUGUCUGCGAAAUUCAGCAAUGAGUCGAAGGAUUCCGACAGGGCAAAAGCGCCGCUCCUGAACGAGCAGCCAACAACCGUGGGAGGCCAGCAUUCCCACACUACCACAAAGCCAGUGACCAGCGCCAGCAUCCUCAUGAGUGACGCAGCCUCUGGUGAUGCCAACUGGACCGCUGCGGGAACCGUCGGUGGAUCGGAUACAAAACACGCAGCUGGCACUUCUCCUACCUCAGAUAUAGCUACAGAAAAGACUGCCAAGACAGGUGAUGGGAGCUUUGUUCCUUGGGGUGCGGUGGUUCUUUGCAGCAUGGUGCUUCUCGCUGGUAUGCUGGCGGUUUGGCAAAGGAAGGCCUGCAAGAGGCGGAUCUUCACCCCCAAUGGGAAGACUCUUGAUCUGUAUCCAGUCACUACAUGUAGACUCAAAUCUUCAAGUCAGGGUUCUGAUCUGAUGAAGAACUGUGCAAAGAGGUUCAGUAUGCUGAAAGCUGACAAAGAGUCAGAAGAGAGGGAGUUGUUAAACAGAAUCCCCGUUGUGGAAACCAACAACAACUUGGUCUCCAGCUCAGAAAAAAAUCCCAGUCCUGACUCAAGCCUGGCUGAGACGAUCCAGAGCACCGGGAACGCCACAGACUACCCCGCUGAUUCCCGAGUGAGGGACCACACUAAUAACCGAAUCGACAAAAUAUACAUAAUGAAAGCCGACACUGUGAUUGUGGGGUCCAUUUCGGAAGUGCCCGUCAGCAAGAACUGCGCGGUUAGAGGAUGUGAAAAUGAUUCUAAGGCUCAAGAAAACAUGGAGGAAAAUGAACUUGCAAUGCAUUAUCCGCAGCAGGAGACAGAAUCGUUUCCAGGAAGUGAUGUAAUGAUUCCAGUGGAGGAGGAGGGCAAGGAAUUUCAUCACCCUACCACUGCCACUGAGAAGUGAUGUCUUGCAGAGAAGCUCUUGAAGACUAAAGCUACACAGAUGCCAAUUGUGCUAGUGAUAUCCAGUGCAUUGGGGAGCCAUGAAUGUCUUAUUGUCUCAGAUGCUGGAAGGAUGGUUGGGGGUCAUGGGAGCACUUUGGUACAAGGUGUCAUAGAAUUGAUUUCAUCCAGGAAACAAGAGAAUCGUCAAUAGUAACAAGCAGGAUUUACACUUAUGGAUCACAUCAAAUAUUUCUCUCCACUUCUCCUCCGCACAUCCAGUUACAGAUGGGACUGAAUCAAAACCCCACGUUUGAACACUCCAAAACUCUGAGGACUUUUGGAUCCUGAUCCAAACCCUACAGUUGCCCCAUCUUCAUAACUGAAUGAUAUAAAUCCAUUGUGGAAAUUCAAGUCAGGAUCCAAAGACUGAAGAUUGGGGCCUAUCUCUGAAUCAUCUAUCUGUAGUUGUGUUGUUCCUAUCAUUGUUGCCAAUUCUUGGGAUUUUAUUGCUAUUCUCACAACACUUUUUUUCUGAAAGUCCCAGCUCCUGGAGUCAUGUGAUCACAUGAGAAUCUCAGCCCUGACAGUAGUGGAUAAAAGCUUGGAAACAUGACCUAAGUGUGCCCUCAAGGCACAGAUACUAGAGUGUAAAUAAAACAAACCCAACAUUUAUUCAUGAUUUUUUUUUUUUUUAAGCCAAUCUCAUGAAUAGUUUGAAGCUGGACUCAAGGUGGACUUCUGUGAUUAACUUUUUGAUUUUGAUAAAGAAAACUGACAAUGAAAAGUACAAAAAGGUAAAUGACUUACAGCUUGUAUAUAUUUCCCAAUACUGCAUGCUUCACGGGCUCUCCAAUGCAAUUAUGCUGUUUCAGAACCUGUCAAAGCUGCAAGACCGGACAAUACAAAACCAGACACUACUAGAUAGACAUAACAUGAUAGAAAUAAAAUAGGAGAAGACAUACAUGAAUAGGGAGAAGAGGGAAGAGGAGUCCAAGAGGGAGGGGAAAAGAGAAUGGAGGUCUGGCAUUCUUUGAGCCCUCUGUACAUGUGUUUUAUCUAAAUGUAUCUAAAAAAGAGGUCCACGUUUCUUUCAAUUCAGACUCCAGGGUUUUGAUGUUUGGGAUUGGCAGUGCUACUACAUCAUGGCCUUCUCCAGUACAAGCCAAAGGGUUUUGAAUAUUUAGAUGUUGUACUGAAAGUGAACUUUGCCUCCGAGUCUGAAUUAAGCAGGCCUGGCGAAUAUGGAUAUGGUUGUAUAAGGAAAACAAAAGGUUUUCCAAAACAAACCAAGAUUUUUUUUUUUUUAAAUGCCACAUUGCUGGUUUCCUAAAACUAUGUCCGUUUCUGCUGCGUUUGGAAGAAGUGCAGGUGGUGAUCUGGGAAGCGCUUAUUUACAUAUUAUUUUUUAAAAAAACCUCUCAAGUUUUGUGAUCAAAUGACGCAAGAUGCUAAACUCUCAUGCUGCUAAGUCUAUAACUGUAAAUGUAAUGCAUCAGUGCUGACUGCGCUUUCACGUGAUUAUGGAAAAUGAGUUACAUGACAAAGUGUUUCUUGAUAGGUUUAACAACAACAACAACAACAACAAAAAAGAGGAACCACAGAAUUACUACCGACUCAGUAGUUUUUAUAUUGGACAGAAUACAAUGACAGAUAAUUGUGCUUCUCUAGUGCAUUCAUAAGAACGGUCAUACUGCAUCAGACUAAUGAUCCAGCUAGCCAAGUAUCCUGUGGCCAGUGCCAGAUGCUUCAGAGGGAAUGAACAGAACAGGGUAAUUUCAAGUGAUCCAUCCCCUGUCAACCAGUCCCAGCUUCUGGAAGUUGGAGGUUUAGGGAUACGUGAAGGUUGGGGUUGCAUCCCUGAUCAUCUUGACUAUUAACCAUUGAUGGACCUAUCCCCCAUGAAUGUACCCAGUUGUGUUGUGAAAGCCAAAAGUAUCCCCCCACAAUACAUUCCCCAGGCUGACUGUGCAUUGUGUGGAGAAGUAUUUCCUUAUGCAGGGCUUAAUCUGUACCAGGGCUGAGCCCUGACACCUCUGGGCUUGGCAGUUCAGAGCCCUGUCACCUCUGGGCUUGCCCUAUCAGUUACUUCUUUCAUUACAAAUUAAGCACUGUCCUUAUGUUAGUUUUCAACCUGCCUUUUAUCUGAGACUCAGUGCACUUUCCAAACAUUGGUUAAGCCUCACGUGACCCAUGUGAUGGAGAGAAGAACUAUGUUAUGGUUGGGACCAGCGGCACAGAGAGUGUGACUUUCUGAGGACACAGUAAGGCAGAGCAAGCCGGAGAAUCCCACCAUCCUGACUCGCUGCCUCUAAUUCAUUUGCAAAAUGGCGCUAGGCCCAAACAUGGGCAGCUCCUUCACAUAUUCCUUCUUGAAUUCUCCUUUCCUCUCCAUAAAUCUUCUGAGCUGCUCAACACCAGUUGCUAUUGCUGCUGCAUGUUUUCUUCGGCUCCUCCGCAAAGUUAAAGAAACCUCUGGUGUGGGCCUUCUCUGUUGUACUUGUUUGUUACAUGCAGAAGACAUGCUGCUCCUAAAACUAAAAGGCAACAGUCUGGGUCUCUACUGUUCUUAGUACUCGUCUUCAGUGGAAGUUGCACAUGGUGGUGAAGACGGAAGCAAAUCGAAAUAACAUUUCUCGCUAAAACUUCUUGAUAUUGUGCAGCAGAAGGCCAGCUCACCAAAUAUUGUCGUUAAACUAAGAUGCAAGAAGGAAGUGAAACCACAGAGGACAAAAUUUGCCCAGACUUUCUUCAUUUUAACCACGGGUGCCUCAUUGUUUCCCAGGGCUCAGCAUGGGUUAUGGAGAAAUGACUCUUCUUUCAGCUAUGAACACCGACGCGGUUCUGAAUAACAAUGCUCAUGUGACUGUGAUUGUAAGGGUUUUCCACAAUAAUGGAAUUAGUUAUAGAGGUGUGUGCCCUGUGCAUAUGUUAAUCUGGUUAAUACAAUAGUUUUUUCAAGGGGGAUUGAAUGCAUUUUUUUGCUAGAUCUAGUGUAGUUGGUUAAAAUGACAAUUUUGCUAACUUUUGUAAUGGAAAAAAUUAAAUGUGGAUUAGCCUGUGG